AUGGAUCGAAGUUGGAUAAGGACCUCAAAGCCUGGUGACCAAAUAUACACGGAUGGAGUGAAUUUUAUUAUUAAUUUUGCUGUGAAAAAUGGUAGAGGUAGGGAAAAGUUACCUUGUCCUUGUUUUAAGUGCCAUAAUCUCGUGCACAUGAGAGUUGACGAAAUACUUAAUCAUUUAAGUAAGUGGGCCUUUGAUAAAACAUAUACCAAUUGGAUUUUCCAUGGAGAAGCCAAGGACAGAACUUCAAUGGGUACUGUUAUGGGUGGUGCUGGUUCAAGUCGUCAAGAUCAAACAACUUAUGAGGGUGAUCGAUUUGAAGACAUGUUGCGUGUGGUUGAGGAUACUUUCAUUGAAAAUCCUGAAGCACUUCAGUCGUUGUUAAAUGAUAAUGAAACUCCCUUGUAUCCUGGUUGCACCGAAUACACUAAAUUGGGGGGUAUAAUGGAUUUAUUCAAUGUGAAGGCAAGUUAUGGUGUGACUGAUGCAGGGUUUAGCUCGUUUCUUUAUUUGUUGCAACGCAUGUUUCCAGCUAAAAAUGUUCUUCCUGGAAGUACUUAUGAGGCGAAAAAGCUACUGUCCGCAAUGAGCUUGCCUUACGAGAAAAUUCAUGCUUGCCCUAACGAUUGUGUUUUAUAUUAUAAGGAACGAGAAUUACUAGAAAGUUGCCCUGUGUGUAAUGCUUCGCGAUACAAGAACAAGAAAAAGAAAGGUGUGCCGGCUAAGGUACUAUUUUAUUUCCCGAUAAUAUCAAGGUUCAAACGAAUGUAUGCGAACCCGGGGGAUGCUGAAAAAUUGACAUGGCAUGCAAAUGGUCGUAUAAAGGAUGGGCUUCUUAGGCAUCCAGCUGACUCCCCGCAGUGGUCAUUCAUUGAUGAUAAGUUUCCUGAGUUCGGUAAAGAAGAACGUAAUUUGCGCCUUGCAUUGUCUACUGAUGGCAUGAACCCAUUUGGCUCUCUUAGUAGCACCUACAGUACUUGGCCGGUAAUUCUGGUCACUUACAACUUAUCUUCGUCCUUGUGCAUGAAGAGAAAGUACAUGAUGUUGACGAUGUUAAUUUCUGGGCCAAAACAACCUGGAAAUGACAUUGACGUGUACUUGGAACCUCUUAUUGAUGAUUUGAAGAUUUUAUGGGAUAAGGGUGUAGAGGUUUACGAUGCUCAUCGCAAAGAAAAUUUCAAUUUGAAAGCAAUGUUGUUCACCACUAUCCAAGAUUAUCCAGCAUACGGCAAUCUUUCGGGGUAUACAGUGAAAGGAGGGGCGGAAUGUCCCUUGCGUGAAAAUGGUUUCAAGGGGAAAUGGUUAUCGGGGUCUGGAAAAAUGGCUUUUUAUGAUCAUCGAUGUUUUUUGCAUAGUGAUCAUAAUUAUCGUAUGCUAAAGAAAGCCUUCAAUGGGAAACAAAACUUUGAAAGUCGUCCUAAGAUCCGCACUAGUGAGGAGGUAUUUGAGGAGGUAAAGGAUAUACAACUUACAUUUAGGAAAAAAAAGCAACUCAAAGCUUCCUAA